UGUUACUGGAGAGCGUCCAGUAUUUUGUUCAGGUGAGAUAGAGUUUCUUAAAUACUUUCUUGCUCAUGAAUUUUAAAAUGAUUUUGCAGAUGGAGUAUGGCGAGGCCGUCUGGGAGCAGGUCAUUGAAAAAGCUGAAUGCAAAUUCUCGCAGUUCAACACACAUCAAGUGUAUUCUGAUUCAAUCAUGUCCAAUUUGGCGGAAGCCUGCGCCAAAGUCACAGGAGCCACGUACGACAGUUUCAUGCACUUCUUCGGCAGAUGCUUCGUCAGAUACUUCUCCAAUCUGGGCUAUGAUAUAACGAUUAAGGCGACGGGUCGUUUCUUCACCGACUUCCUAUCAAGCGUGGACAAUAUCCACUCGCAGUUCUGCUUCACUUAUCCAAAGAUGAAGAGCCCUUCAAUAUACGUAUCCGACAUCGAUCCUCAUGGCUGCAACGUGGUGUACCGCAGCGGCCGUCACGGAUUCACCCAUUACGUCAUGGGCCUCCUUCAGCAGAUAGCCAAAGACUUCUUCAACAUCAAACUGAAGCUGAACGUGAUCGACAAGAGCAGUUCGGCCACCGUUGAACGGAACUCGGUCAUCGUCAAGUACAGAUUGGACUUUGAUAAUAGGGAAUACUACAGUAAACAGCGGCAGGCGAAUCUCGAGCUAAAGUCUCUGAGUCCGUUUCCGUCCUGUCUGUUGCUCGAACUGUUCCCGUUUGGAAUCUUCAUAAAUCCAAAGAUGAAGCUGAUGGGUGCAGGUGAGAAGAUCGUCGAGGUGUGGAAGGGAAACCCGGAUACGUUGCUGGGUCAAUCCAUCACGAAGAUAUUCAAAUUGAGAAGACCCAAAGGCGUUCCGUUCACUUGGAAGAACAUCUUGAACUUGUCGAAUGUGAUGUUCGAAAUUGAGAUGGUGAGAGAUGACUCUGAGAAUCCAGAAGCGGAGAAGAAUAAGAACAUCUUGCUUAAAGGACAAAUCAAGUUCAUCAAAGAUAUUGAAGCAAUCAUAUUCUUAUGCAGUCCAAUUAUUAACAAUUUGGAUGAGUUGCCCGAGCAAGGGAUAUAUUUGAACGAUUUGAAUCAGCACGGAUUGAGCAAGGAGAUGGUAUUGGCCGGAUGGCAGCACAAUUCCAAGUUGGAGGUGAUGUUCGAUGAGGCCGAACAGAAGUCGGAUGAGUUGGAGAAGAGCUACGAUCUUUUAGAUACCUGGAAGAGACGUGGCGAUGAACUUCUCUACUCGAUGAUUCCAAAGACCAUCGCGGAUCGGUUGAGAGGAGGCACCUCGCAGCUGAGCACCUGCGAGUCUUUCGACGAGGUGAGUAUACUGUUCUGCGAGCUGAUGGGUCUUCAGUCUUCGAGCGUGAAGGAUGUGAUGGAUAUGGUUGAUUCCAUGAACACGAUGUUCUCGUGCUUCGACGAGCUGAUGGAUCAGUACAACGUGUACAAGGUGGAAACAGUAGGGCAGGUAUAUAUGGCAGCAGCCGGAGCUCCGGAGAGGACGGAGGAGCACGCAGAGCAAGUGGCGGACGUUUCUUUGGCAAUGGUCAAAGGAGUGAAGAACUUGAAAUUACCGGACGGCGUUAAGGCAGAUAUUCGAAUUGGCAUCCAUUCGGGUUCCGCAGUCGCUGGCGUCGUGGGCGUUAAAGUACCCAGAUACUGCUUCUUCGGCGACACCGUCAACACCGCCUCCAGGAUGCAAUCUACCAGCUCACCAGGAAUGGUGAAUAUUUCUUGCGAGACGAAACGGAGACUUCCCAACGGGAAAUACCGAAUCCAGGAUCGUGGGAUUGUUAAGGUCAAGGGAAAGGGUGAGAUGGAGACGUUCUGGUUGAUGGAGAAAUAAAUAAAUAUAUAAAUAGUACGCGAAUCACAG